CGCUAUACAUUUGGUGGGCUUCGGCCCUCCAGCUGCAAGGCCGUAUAAACCCAAGUUUACGAUACGAAGAGACCCCACCUCGUUCAGUGUCACCGCCCUCCUCCGUCGAGCCGGGAGAGAAGAAAUGAACAAAGAAGCAGAAGCAGAGUACUUCUCCAAGGACUUCGAAUGGGAAUCUUUAAAACACGAAAUAGAGAACAAUCCCUCUUAUGUAUACCAUUUACUUCCUUUCAAUCAACAACCACAACCACACGAAGAAGAAGAAGAAGAAGAAGAAGAAGAAGAAGAAGAAAGCGGUGAUUCUAAGGCAUGGCAAAUGUUCCACAUCCGCCACUCUUCUGGCAAAUUCUUCAAGGAGAGAAGGUACUUAUUGAAGGAGUUUCCGGAGUUGGUUUCUUGUGGAGACUUCUCUAAGGUCUUGGAGGUUGGCUGUGGUAGUGGAAGUUCUGUAGUUCCAAUUCUGCGUGGAAACAAAAGUAUCAUCGUUUAUGCUUGUGAUUGUAGCACUGAGACGCUUGAGAAGGCCAAACUGAUUGUGGAUGCCACUGAUAUAGUCUCUGUCCAAAACCGUUUUAAGCCUUUCUAUUGUGAUUUUGCUUUCACUGAGUUUCCCAAGUGGUUUCUUUGUGAUUCUUGCCCGCUAAUUCCUCCACCAAAACAACAGGAAUGCUUCUCCUCAGAUGAUUCAUAUUGCUUCAAAGAAGGUGGCUGUUGCGUUGGCGGGGUUGAUUUUGUUACCUUGAUAUUCACACUAUCAGCAGUGCCACUCAAAAGAAUGCCAAUAGCCAUCUUGGAGUGUUUUUCUGUAUUGAAGCCUGGUGGCAUGCUCUUAUUUAGGGACUAUGGGCUUUAUGAUAUGACCAUGUUGCGAUUUGAGGCAGACAAAAGAGUGGGGUUCCGAGAGUACAUGCGAUCAGAUGGCACUCGAUCUUACUUUUUCUGUUUAGAUACUGUCAGGAAUCUUUUUGUGGGAGCAGGCUUCAUUGAGCUUGAGCUCGAGUAUUGUUGUGUUAAGUCUGUGAAUCGCAGAAAAGAGAAGAGCAUGCGAAGGGUUUGGGUCCAUGGGAAGUUCCAGAAACCCACAAGUAGAACACAAGAUUUCUCUUGUUGAGGAUCUUUCUGCAGUUUGGUUGUAGCGAGAUUGUUGCAAUGAAUGUGAAUUGAGAUUGAGGAAAAGGUGAUUUUUCAUCCUGGACAGGUGAGUUGAUGAUUUAAAAAAGAAAAAAAAAAUUGUAACCUAAUUUUGGUUCCAGUUAAGUAGGAUCCUGAGAAGCUAUAAAUUACUGUAACGUCACCCAUGAAAUGCAAUGAGAUUGCUGAGGAAGCCAUUGUACCCAUGGAAGCGGUGCUCAUGCCAAUUCCAGCAAAUGACAAUAUCAUCUAUUAAAGUUGAAAUGCUAAUUCUAUUUUUUCAA